AUGUCUCGGUACUUUGGGCUCCCCCGAGCCCUCUCUUUCCUUCUUUUCCUCCUCGUCGCGACUCUAGUAUCGGCAGAGCAUACAUCAAACUGGGCUGUCCUCGUUGCCACCUCGCGAUUUUGGUUCAACUACCGUCACCUCGCAAAUGUCCUCUCACUCUACCGAACCGUCAAGCGCCUCGGGAUCCCCGACUCGCAGAUCAUCCUCAUGCUCCCAGAUGACAUGGCUUGCAACCCCCGAAAUGCAUUCCCCGGAACUGUAUACAGUAAUGCCGACCGCGCGGUGGAUCUUUAUGGUGAUAACAUCGAGGUGGACUACCGGGGAUACGAAGUCACUGUGGAGAACUUCAUCCGUCUUUUGACCGACCGAUUAGAUGAGGAUGUUCCGCGCAGCAAACGCUUGAACACUGACGCCGGGAGCAACGUGCUCGUGUAUAUGACAGGACAUGGCGGCGACCAGUUCCUCAAAUUCCAAGACGCCGAAGAGAUCGGAGCGUGGGAUCUGGCGGAUGCAUUUGGGCAGAUGUGGGAGAAGAAGCGCUACCACGAGUUACUAUUUAUGAUCGACACCUGCCAGGCUAAUACGAUGUACACUAAUUUCUACUCGCCCAAUAUCGUUGCGACAGGGUCCAGCGAACUUGACCAGUCGUCUUACUCUCACCAUGCGGAUAAUGAUGUGGGGGUUGCGGUGAUUGACCGCUGGACGUACUAUGUGCUUGAAUUCCUCGAGACUCAGGUGACCAGUGCGAAUUCAAAGCAAACGCUGGGCGACUUGUUCGAUUCGUACGAUGAAUCAAAGAUCCACUCGAAUCCUGGUGUCCGAUGGGACCUAUUCCCUGGAGGAGAACAGGAGGGCCGCCUUCGGACGUUGGUGGAUUUCUUUGGGAACGUUCAGAGCGUUGAGGUAGAGAAGGCCGAUGCUGACGAGCCAGGUUCGCUGAAGGAGGACCUUGUUGAAAUUGCGCGACUUGUCGAGAAGUGGCGGUCAUUUUCUCAGGACUAUACCACCGCCGACAAUGCCACAUCCCAGCAAGAUGAUACAGAAGCUCGGCCUGCAUAUGAAGUGAAGCGAAGGAGUGUCGGCCCUGUGAAACUGGCUGACGAGACUCCCUGGGAGAAACGCUUGAUUGGGUUGUCAAUUCUGGGGGCGUGUGCGGCCGUCUGGUUCACUGGAUCUGCCUUAGGCGGGACCAUGGCCUGA